AUAACGGAUUGCAGAGACAGGGGCGCAUAUCGUCUCGACUCUCGACGACGAGGUUAUCGUGGAAGAAAAAGGAGAGCUUUAGGAGGCAUCAUCGCAUCUCGAACGUUACGGAUCGCACCAGAUCCACCCCGUGCGAUGUCGACGACGACGACGCAUCACCCUGCGAUUUGAUCCCAUCACCGGAGGAGGGCAGGAGAAGGGAGAAAAAAUAAGAGAAAAAGGUAAAGGCUGCUGCCGGUGAGGUGAGCCGGUCCGCGGAGUGAAGUGGUGAUCCACCACACCACCAGGUCCAGCGCUCUCCGUCUCCCACCCCGCCCGCAAACAAACAGAAGCAGGAAACCAGAAGCGACCCACCGGGCAGUUGAGCUCCCGCGCCGCCCCCUCACCUCAUCAGCACCCACCGGCGUCACUGAGGAAACUUCUUAUUAGUUCUGGGCGACUCUCCCAGGCAGCAUCGGCGGCGGCGGCCAGGUCAAAUCCAAGUAGGAUGCCGCCGGGGAAGGGCGGGGAGAAGAAGGGGAGGAGGAGGAGGUGGCUGCCGGCGGCGUGCCUCCCGCGGCCCGGGUGCUUCACGGUGUCCGGCGCCGACGAGGGGCCCUCGGGCUCCGGCUCCGGCGCCGACGAGGGAGGCGGAGAGGGGGGCAGCAGUCGGGCGCCCACGCAUCUGAUCGUGACCGUCAAUGGGAUCGUCGGCAGUGCAGAAAAUUGGGGUUACGCAGCAAAACAUUUCAUCAGAAAACACCCUGAGGAUGUGGUUGUUCAUUGCAGUGGAUGCAACUCAGCAACUCGAACUUUCGAUGGUGUUGAUGUGAUGGGAAGGAGAUUAGCGGAGGAGGUGCUUUCAGUUGUUAAGUGUAGACCAGAACUUCAGAAGAUCUCCUUUGUUGCACACUCAUUGGGUGGGUUGAUUGCAAGAUACGCCAUUGCACUACUAUAUGAGCCUGCUACACAAACAGAUUGUCAUGAGGAGUAUGAGAAGGAUGUCAGUGAUGCUCGUAGCAACCAACCGAUGGGUCAAGGCAAGAUUGCUGGUUUGGAGCCCAUGAACUUUAUAACUUUUGCAACACCACACCUUGGCACAAGAUCACAUAAACAGAUGCCCCUUCUCCGUGGUUCCUAUAGAUUGGAAAAGAUGGCUUUUGGUAUGUCCUGGCUUGCUGGGAGAAGUGGAAAACAUCUUUUUCUAAAGGAUGUUGAAGAUGAGAAGCCACCAUUACUUCUUCAGAUGGUUACUGAUUACGGGGAUCUCCAUUUCAUAUCAGCUCUUCGUUCUUUCAGGCGUUGUGUUGCUUACUCAAAUGUUUGUGGUGAUUUCGUUGUUGGCUGGAAGACAUCUUCAAUACGCUGUCAACAUGAGCUUCCCAAGAAAGAAGAUUUUGUGGAUGAUGUAAGAUAUCCACAUGUUGUAUAUGUGGAAAAACCAAAGGUUCGGGAUGUUGAUUUUUCGGAUGAAAUGAUUUAUCAGGCAAAAACUACAAGUGAAAUGGAAGAGGUAAUGCUGAAAAGCCUAAAUAGAAUUCCCUGGGAAAGGGUAGAUGUUAGCUUCAAGAGAAGUAGACAAAGGAUUUUUGCUCAUAGCACCAUUCAGGUGAAGACGUAUUUCUUCAACUCUGAUGGGGCUGAUGUGGUCUUCCACAUGAUCGACCAUUUUCUCUACUAACAUGGAGCGAUAACGUGGCGGCGGUGCCGAUUUCUUUCUCUUCUUCUAUUUGGAUACCAAUUUCUUUCUCUUCUUCUAUUUGGAUGCGAAUUUCAAUUGGGUAGGAAAAGGAUGGGGCAAAAAGUAUUGGAGAUAUACUACAGCGGAACAGGUAGAACCACCCAUGGUAAAGUAGUGCUGGGCCUAUGUAUGUUUCCUGUAAAGUCUGUCUGGGGCCGUGGGGCGCUCGUAGGUUCUUUUCUCUCUUCCAUGCUUCAGCGUGCAUGCAUGCAUGUAAAUGUUUAAUGGACCACAGGCUGUUGAUUCAUCAGUGUAAUAAAAUAAGAUAAGAUCC